UGUCACUUUUUAAGUUGAUAGAAAAAUAUUGUCCGUUUAGAAGAGCCUUAAGAAAUCACAAAUUGAUGUAUGGUCACAUGCUUUACUAACAUCCUGUAUAUCAAAAUCUGACAGGUGCAGAAUAGUCGAUUCGCGAGAAGCCCAGAAAAGCUACUCAGAAAGGCUUAUUACCAAGCUGAACAGGUGUCACACAUGUUGCGGAAGACCGGAUGGAAAGUUCACCAUAGAACAGUUGUUGCAGGUGUGCCAGGAGGAACCGGACUGUAUCAUCAACAUGUACAAAUCGAUGAGAGGCGAUGAGAAAUGCCUCCCUGAGGUCAUUAUCGAACCCAACCCCUGGGAGCCUGUAGAGCCUAAAGAGCGUGAGGAACAGGAGGUGAAGACCAAACUCUCUAAACUUGCUGAAAAGACGACGACGUCAACUCAAAGACUAGGCGACAGCAAAUACCACUAUUUGAUGGUCGACGGAUCAACCAGCGUGGCUGUACCAUUCGACUCGCAUACGAUGAAGGUAGAUAGUACGUGGAUUUGCGAAAAAAUGGCAAUCCUUGACGGAGACGUCACGUAUGUUUGCAAAAAAAUACAAACGCAGGAUCUCCCAGAGAUCUCCUCGAUACAGCAUCAGGAAAGUAGAAGUGACUAUUCAUAUAUAAGCGAGAAAAGCUCGAAGGCUAAGAUGGCAAUCAAACGAAAAGGGAAAAGUCUUUCAAUCAGGUUAACGGAAUCAAGGAAAAGUAUCCAACAUUUUUUUUCCAAUUUGAGACGCCGUAGCCGCACUAGCAAGGAAAAAAAAUCACAAAAAUUGACGUUUAACGACGAACCAUCAGUCAUAUUAUUGAGGAGAAGUCAGAGUAUGCCGACUGGGAAGACAAGGUGGAAUUCCGUAGAUUACGAAACAUCCUUGCUGAAAUUCAUCGUCCAAGAACAAAAGAACCAGGACCAGAAAACCGAAGAAUCAGGUUCCACAUUAGAACAAUCUAUCAAAGGCGGCGUUUGUCGACCAGUGGUACGUCUUUUCAACGCUAUAAGAAUGAAACUUAGGAAAAAGAAGAUAAAAGAUACCAGACAGUCGACGCACGUCAUCAAGAUUAUAUAUGUGGAGGGAGAUGAGGAUGAUAAGUCAACUUCGAGCCCUAGCAUAACCAUAAAACAUAGUGACCAGCUUCCCAUGUGAUAAAAAUUCCUGUGUAACUUGAAAGAGAUAUAGACCAAGGAGAUACAGCAAAUAUUCGACAGACAUGAAUCUCAUACACAUGCAGAAAGAGGAGGAAGAAAACCCCACAUUACGUCGUUGUAUGAUAAUAACACUUACCUAAUCAUUCUCUUACCAUGGGAUAAGAAUUCAUAUUUUUCGUCAUGUGAAUCAAGUUAAAACCUUGUGAUUUUAUGACGAUUAAAAUUACAUUUAAACCUAACGGUUAGGCCCA